UCAUCCAUCCUCCUCCUCAGCCUGGUGAGAGCGAGCGCCACAUAACCCCACCACCGCCGCCUUCACCACCAUCACCUCUCCCUCCCUCUCCCCCCUCCUGAUCUGCUCCCCCCGCGCAGCCGCCCGCCUGCUGCUGCCCGCGCCAUGUCGCGCCGCUACCCCACCGCAGAGCUCUAUGAAGAGCGUGAGCGCGAUUUCUAUCGCAACGGUAACCGCAGCGACCGCAACUAUGAGGAGCUCGACCUCGAGCUGCGCCGUAGCGGCACUGCCCCCCCUGACCCCCGCCGCAGCAUGCCCGACUUUCUUCGCGAGGACUACAACCGCCCAACCGCCGGCCCGCUGGUGAUGCGAAGCCGUGACGACGACGUCUUCUCGCGCUCUGCAGCCCGCAGCAGUCGCGGGUUUGACGAUGACGUGCGUUCCACCCGCAGCCGCCCUCCGCCGCCCUCUUCGGUGCGAGAGGUGGAGCGCGACGACAUCACAAUCCGGCGCCGUGAGCAGUCGCGAGGUCCGCCCGAGCGCGAUGACAUCGUCUUCCGCCGUGGUGAUGGGCCCCCGGUCCGAUCCGUCAGCCGACCUGCCCCGCGUCAGGUGGAUGACGAUGACGUGCGUUUUCGAGGCCGCACUGGCGGCGACAUCGACUUCCAUGCUGCCCGCAGCGAAGUGAGCCGCCACGGCCGCGACGUCUCUGCUGAACGAGGCUCUAUCCGCUUCCAGGAGCACGACGGCAACUUUGAGUUCCGUGCAAACCGCCGGGAAUUUAGCCGUGACGGCAGAGACACGAGCAGAGAGCGAAGUUCGUUGACGAUUCGCGGCCGCGAGAGGAGCCUGCCACCCCCCGUGCGCACGCGUGGUGAGCUGGUUGCCAGGGAGCGCGAGGAGUUUGUCAUCCGCCGCCCGCGCGCCGAGUCCCCACCACAGAACAACCGGGAAAUCGUUAGAGACGAAAUCAUCAUCAGACGCAAAGAGGAGCGCGCUCCUACGCCCUCGCCUUCGCCCUCUCCGCCUCCCCCACCGCCGCCGCCAGCUCCAGAGCCAGAAAUCCGGCCUCCUAUCAUCCAGGAGAUCAUCACUCACCACAGGCACAUCGACCAUGGUGUCGUCAGGGCGCGCACUCCUACCCCGCCUCCUCCACCCGCCCCGCCAUCGCCUCCACCGGUGAACGAAACCCUCGAGAUUGAGAUCAACCGCAGAGAGAGCCACAGCCAUGGACGUGGAAGGACCAACUACGAGGAGCUCAACAUCGACAUCGACCUCAAGGAGGGAGUUGUCAAGCAACGCAAGAAGGACAUGUGGACCGAAAUCACCAAGGACUUGGUCAUCCGAGAAGCCAUCGACUCGAUGGGGUACGCAUGCGAAGAGACGGACGACUUCUUCUACGUGAUGGAGUACCUUCGAUAUGAGGACGUAUUGCACCUGGUUGAGCUUUCGGAUGAGAUCCGUCGCAAGCGCAAAAGCCGAAUCCGGGAGAUUGAGAUUGAGCGGAAGUCGAUCCACAGCUCUCGGCCCAGCUACGACGAGCGGUACUACGAGCAUGAUGUACACUUUGACAGCCGUCGCAGCCGAUACCACUAGGGUCGGCGCUUGGGGCGGUGAUUUGCACAUGAUUCUUUUUCAGGCCGGAUGUGCGGGUUGAAGACCUGGGAGCCCAUCGGACAGUGUUGGGCCAGUGCUGGGUCGGCGGCAGGCAGUGGGCUUGUCUCGGCGAGCGGACUGCUCAAGUCGGCCAGGGCGGUGCUGCAAUGUCUCUGGAUGACCGGCACAGGAUGCACAAGUGCGGGCACGCCUGGCGGAAGCGGUCUCAUUGUGACGCGGCAUGACUUACAAGAUUUUUUACAGUCUGCAUGCAAAAGACAGGCUGCAUGGACUUACGACUAUGACGAUUAUGACCAGCAUACCCGGAGCAGGAGUGGACGAGAGGUUCGUGUUUUCUUUGUGACGAUGCAGUUUCCCAUUGUUGGCGUGGUGGACAAAUAGGGCCUAUGGACAUUGAUUGACGAAUCGGAUGCGGCGGUACAUAAUUCUAUUUCUGCUUUGGAUGGAAUGGACGACUUGUCGGC